AUGGACCCGGUUUCACCUCUCCCUCCUUGGAAUUCCGAUGACGAUUUUCUCCUCAAGAACGCCAUUGAGACCGGAGCUUCGCUGGAAUCGCUGGCUAAAGGAGUUGUUUCGUUCUCCCGGAGGUAUUCACUUAGGGACUUGACGGAACGCUGGCAUUCUGUUCUCUAUGAUUCCCAUGUCUCCGAUGAAGCUUCUGCUGCCAUGAAGAAUUUGGAGCUUGCCAAGUCUAAUGGCAACGGAACCAAGGAAGUUCUUGCUGCUCCCAAGCGCAAGACUCAGACUAUUCGCAAGGUAUAUAAUGCCAUGCGGAAGAGACUUCGCACCGAGGUUUUUUUUAAUUCUUUUGAUAUGGCUUUACAUGAUGACAUGUGUAUUCAGAAAAACACCAAUGGAAAUGAAAUUGGUGGGUCUGGUAAUGUUAGUUGUAGUUUAGAUAAGGAUGUGAAUACAAAUUUGCUUGUUGAUAGUUUAGUUAAGGAGUGGAAUCAAUUGGGGUUAGUGAGACCUAGGGCGGGCUCAUCUCCUUCAAUGAGUGAAGAUCUGAUUAGGAACACAAUUGAGGAUGUCCCUGCAACUAACAAUGGGCUUCAUGUUUCUGAGUCGAAAGAGAUGAUUCCUCAUGUUUCUCAUGCUCUCUUGAACUCUCCGAAUGGAGACGGGCUUAUGUUAAUGAAUAUAGAUGAGAAAGAUGAGACUAGGGUGGAUAAGCAGUCUGAUGUUAAUGUUGAUUCAAAUCUUUUGCCUUCUCCUGGUGUUGGUGAGUCUCAGAAGUUGGUUGCAGAAACACAACUUGCUAUGGAAAAUGGUCCGUCUGCUGUGUUAGAGGUUGUUGCCAACUCGUCAGGCAGCAGUCUUGGUGAUGUGGGUUUUGCUUCUAAUUGUGAAAAUGAAGUACAAUCGUCUGGUGCAGCGCAAACAUGUCACCCUAAGACUGCAAAUGAAUUUAGGCUAUGUUCAUUGAACACUGAGGACCCUAAUAUCCCUUCCCCGUCUGAUGACAGCAACCGUGCAAAAGUAUCCGAUGUAGUUCCUAAUUCUGAAAACAUAUCCGCCGCUGUAGUGGUUCCUAGUUCUGUAAACAUAACCGCUGUAGGUCCUAAUUCUGUACACAUAUCCACUGUAUUAGUUCCUAAUUUUCCAAUUCCGAAACCCAUAUCAAUUGUUAAAAAGGUGGGGUAUCCGGAUUCCUCUACUACUAAUCUAACAAAAAAGGAACCAGAAGAAGGCUUGAAGAGAAAAGACACCCCUUCAAGCUCUUUUGCAGCUUCUCAGUCACUUCGGCCAGGAUUAGUGCCGAAUAUAAAUUCAAGCAAGGAAAAUUCAGUUGCUGCUGUACCAAAAUUUGAAAAUCCUGCAACUAUGAAGCAUGCCUCAUAUGGACAUCCGGCACCAGAGGUAGUUAUUGCUCUGCCUUCACCUGUUAGCACUCAUCCAAAGGAAGAGGAGCAUAAGGCUUUUCGUGAGAUAGAAGAAAAAUUGUUAUGCAUUGAUCAGAAAAAAGGUUAUGCUGAUGAUGAUUAUGAUAGUGAUAGCGAUGAGGAGCAUGAAGUUCCUUACUAUUCUGAUGCUGAGGGAAUGAUUCUUGAAAUGGAUUUAGGUCCAACUGAUCAAGAUGCAAAUGCAAGUACCAAAGUGGUAAGAUAUCAGAAUGAUGAAACAAAGAAGACCAUCAUGAGACUUGAGCAAUGUGCCCAGUCUUUUGUGCAAAGAGCCAUUGCAUCUCGAGGUGCACUUGCAGUGUUUUAUGGACGCACUCUGAAGAAAUAUAUCGAAAAAUCUGAGGUGAUAAUUGGCAGAUCAACGCCUGAUGAAGAUGUUGAUAUUGACUUGGCUAGAGCAGCAAAAGAUGCUCACAAGAUAUCUAGAAGACAAGCUUCAAUAAAGAUGGACGCAAAUGGUUCUUUCACGAUCAAAAACCUUGGCAAGAGGACGUUAUACUUGAAUGGCAAAGAAGUUCCUAAAGGACAAAUGCGGGGUCUGAGUGCUGGUAGUUUGAUUGAGAUUUUGGACUUGUCAUUCAUCUUUGAUGUCAAUAAGAAGUGCGUCGAGAGGUUUCUACGAAAUGCGAACGAACAGAACAAGAUAGAAGAAGAAUGA